GCAUCAUAUUCAUUAAUAUUUAUACAGAUAUUCCUAUUUUAUAAAUGCUAACAGUUACAUAUUACACUGUGAAGCAGCAUUUCCACCUCUCAGGAAUAUAUAUGCGAAAAUUCGGCUGCUUAUCUGUUUACGAUAACCGCUUUAGAGCUAUAAAUUCAGAUGUCCUGAUUGUGAUAUGUUUCUUAAACGAGUUAUUUUCCAUCUGCAACCUAAGCUGACCCAAAGUAAGCUAAAUAUUUUGAAAAUGUCUUCAAUGCCUAAAGUCUUUAUUACCCGAUCAGAUAUCCCUGAGGAUGCUAUUACACUUCUUCAAAGCAAGUGUGAAGUUGAAAUAUGGCAGAAACCAAGUCCUAUUCCUCGAGAUGAAUUGCUAAAAAGAAUCAAAGGGAAGAAUGGAAUCUACUGUUUGUUAACUGAAAAAAUAAACACAGAAGUUUUGGAUGCAGCUGGCCCAACUUUGAAAGCGAUUGGUACAAUGUCUGUGGGAUAUGAUCAUAUUGACUUGGAAGAAUGUAAACGAAGGGGUGUUCAUGUAGGAAAUACUCCAGAUGUGUUAACAGAUGCUACAGCUGAGCUAACAAUUGCUCUUUUACUUGCCACAUCUAGAAGAUUAAUGGAAGCUACAAAAGAAAUAACUAAUGGAGGAUGGGCAAAUUGUGCCUGGGGUCCAUUAUGGAUGUGUGGUACAUCACUUGCUGGAAGUACUGUAGGAAUUAUAGGUCUUGGACGAAUUGGAUUUGGAGUAGCUGAACGAUUGAAAGCAUUUAAAGUAAAAAAUAUUCUGUAUACAGGAAACAGAGCAAAAAUUGAAGCCAUGGAAAAGCUGAAUGCUAAAUUUGUUCCUGUGGAUGAACUAUUGAAGCAAUCAGAUUUUGUCAUUGCAUGCUGUGCUCUCACACCAAAGACAAGAGGUUUAUUAGAUAUUGAAGCUUUUAAAAAGAUGAAAAGGACUGCUAUUUUUAUCAAUACAAGCCGUGGUGCACUAGUUAAUCAGGAAGAUUUGUAUGAAGCUUUAACCACUGGCAUAAUAAAGGCAGCUGGCUUAGAUGUUAUGGAUCCUGAACCACUUCCCACAGAUCAUAAACUUACAAAAUUAAAUAACUGUGUUUUGCUGCCUCAUAUUGGAAGUGCUACUGUAGAAACUAGAACAACAAUGGCAGUUUUAACAGCUAAAAAUAUUCUUGCUGGACUUGAAGGAAAACCUUUGCCAUGCCCUCUAUAAAUAUUAUGUAAAUAACAGAAAUCUGUAUUUAUAUUGUUAACUUAAAUUCAUUCGAAACAUCCUUGAACAACAAGCAAUGACUGCAUUAUCUUUAACUGCAUUUUAAUAGUUAAUUUAUUGUUCAAUAAUGUUUUAUGUUAAAUUCUAUAUAUUUUUCUUAUGUUUUAUGUUAAAUUCUAUAUAUUUUCAUAUGAAUAUAUACCUUAGAUACUAAAUAUUAGAUCCAGUUUACGCUUUAUUUUGAAAAUCAUUAUAUAAUUAUAAAAAAUAUGUUAUUGUUAUACAUUCCUGGUGUAAUUUAUAAAUAAAAUUAUCCAGAAACAUUUUCCUUAUUAAAUGUAAUUUUAAAUAAAUAAUUCCAUAUCCUAAUAUAAACAUUUUUAUAUAUGCUAAUAAGAAUGUGUCAAAAUAUUUUAUGAUGGUAAAAUGUAUUUUCAGUGCUAUUUAAGUGCAUUCUCACCAUAAAUAUUAUCCUUUAAAUCCCAUAUGCACAUAAUAUUAACACUGCUAAGUGUAGUCAUACCUGCUGAUAGCAUAUAAUGUAGCUUAUGCUUGAAGUGUAUAGUGUAGUAAAUUGAUCAUUGCAUGUUUGUUAUAAAUUCCAGCAGUUCUAAUAUUUCACCCCGUGCAACAUA